AGUGCAUUUGGGUUCGUGAUUACGUUUUAAAAUGUUUAAUUAGAUGAAAUUCGUGUAAAUAAGACACAAUAUUGCUUAUAUUAAAACUGAUACGUGUGGAUUGUCCCUAUAAAGCAUGUCGGAACGAAAAGUCCUCAACAAAUACUACCCUCCGGAUUUCGAUCCAUCUAAAAUCCCACGAGUCAAACUCCCAAAAAACCGACAGUAUACGGUUCGAUUGAUGGCACCGUUUAACAUGCGCUGCGUUACCUGUGGUGAAUACAUUUAUAAAGGCAAAAAAUUCAAUGCCCGCAAGGAAGAUGUGGAAAAUGAAGACUAUCUGGGCAUUCGGAUCUAUCGUUUCUACAUCAAGUGCACCCGUUGUUUGCAGGAAAUCUCCUUCAAGACGGAUCCCCGCAACACGGACUACGAAAUCGAAGCCGGUGCCACCCGGAACUUUAUGGCGCUGAAGCUAGCGGAAGAGCAAGCCCGCCGGGAAGAGGAGGAAGCCCGCGAGGAAGAAGCAACCAAUCCGAUGAAGCUGCUGGAGAACCGAACGCAGCAAUCGAGGAACGAAAUCGAGCUGCUGGAAUCGCUCGAGGAGCUGCGGGAUCUCAAUCGGCGCCAACAGGAGGUGGACUACGACCGGAUGCUGCAGCAGUACGACCCUACGGAAACGAUUCGUGAGCGCGAGGAACGACUGGAACGGCAGGAUGAGGAAUAUAUCAAAUCGAUUAAAUUCCAUUCUCGCGUAGCCACUGGCAGUGGUCUGAAGCGUGUUGCAACCGAGGAAAUAAUCGAAGACAUCAAACAGAAACCGUCAGCCGAGACGGGCAGGAGUAUGAUUGCGGAACCGACGACGACUGGGACCGCUUCUUCUGGACCAUCGUUUGCUAUUCCCAAAGCGAAAAAACUAGACAAUACCAGCAUAAGUAUUGGCGUGAGGAAAAGUUCGUUGAGUAACUUGGUGGUGAAGAAAAAGUCGACAGCGACAACCGUCGCUGUGUCUUCUGCUAGCACACCAAUCACUGCCACAGAGGGUGGAGCAGAAAGGCAAACACUGCCACAGGCAAGCACCACAUGCGGCAAUAGCAACGUGGUAACGAGUAAAGCAUCGACCGUGGUUUCCCCAGUGACAUCGACGACGACGACGACGACGACAGACGGUGGUCAGGCAGUCAGCGGUUUGGGUCUCCUGGGGACCUAUUCCGACAGUGACAAUUCAUCGGAUGGCAGUAACGAGUGACGGGCAGCGUUGUACUAUAGCAGAUGAUGAUAAGUAAGAUAGACUAUCCCUGAAUUAAUUUCUA